UUUCCAGCUUUUAUAUAAGGACUUGUGUGCAUGGUCUUAGCUAAAUCCAAUUCAUCAUUUCUCACCUCUCUUUUGCUAUCACAAACACACAUACUUGAUCAAAACUUUAGCCUCUCCCAGUCCAAAAAUCUCAUUAUCAACAAGAAUGAUGAUGAUGGAAAGUGAUUUAGGACACACGCUUAUGAAGGUGGCUUUGUUUGUUCUAGUACAAGCUUUGGUGUAUCUCAUACUUUCAAAGUCAUCCAGCAUCUUCUCCAAAGACACCAAGAGAUCAUUUAGUUUCAAACCAGCUCGGUCUGUAAGUAUUAACCGAAUUCUUGCUGCAAUUAGCGACAUGCCUGCUGGUGGCGAGCCGUCUCCUCGUCCAGGAGGCCUACAGUCUCCAAUCAAGGAAAAUUCAAAGCCUCAUGAUCACGCCUCUUAGGCCUUUUUGUUUGUUGUUGGUUUUGGUUUUCAUACAUACUUCCAUUAGUUUUUCUUUUAUACUUGUAUUAAUUAUUUGUGGCACAGCUUUGGCUGCUGGCUUCUAUAUUGUAAGAUUGGUUGUGUUGAUGUGUAAAUGAAUUAGACGGAUUCUUUGGUUC